AUGGCCGACACCUGCAACGGCGUCAGCGCCAACUGCACAGCUGAUGUGUUCAAGCCCUCCACCACUGUCUGCCGCACCUCGGCCGGCGUCUGCGACACAGAGGAGACGUGCAGCGGCGAUGCCGCGGGCUGCCCAACAGACUCGUUCAAGGCUGCAACCACUGUCUGCCGCCCCUCCGCCGGCCCCUGCGAUAUGGCCGACACCUGCAACGGCGUCAGCGCCAACUGCACAGCUGACGCGUUCCAGCCCUCCACCACUGUCUGCCGCGCCUCUGCGGGCGUCUGCGACACAGAGGAGACCUGCAGCGGCGAUGCUGCGGCCUGCCCGACAGACGCGUUCAAGGCUGCAACAACCGUGUGCCGUGCCGCCGACGGCCCCUGCGACGCAGACGACCUGUGCCCCGGCGAUGGCGCCAACUGCACAGCCGACGCACUCAAGCCAAGCGGCACCACUUGCCGCGACGCCGCGGGGCCGUGCGACGAGGUCGAGGCUUGCACUGGCGUGAGCAAGCUGUGCCCCGCGGAUCUGAAGAAGCCAGCCACCGCCGUGUGCCGCGGGAACAAGGACAAGUGUGACCUGGAGGAGCUUUGCUCUGGCGCCAGUGACAGCUGCCCAGAGGACAUUGUUAGGGAGCACGGAUACACCUACAAGUGCGGCACGACCAUCUUCACGUGCGGGGUGUACCCCUCCGAGCUCACUGUCAACGGCGGCAACGCCUACACCCUGGGUGGCUGCACCCUGGGCACGGCCAGCUACAACCCCAAGAACCCUGCGGGCAGCACCCCUGUGAAGCUGGACUACCCAGCCUGCCUCACGCAGUGCAUCAACUCCAUCUGCCCCAACAAUAAGGGUCUCAGCAAUAUGGGCUUCUUUGACUGUGAGGCGGCCACUGGCAGCUGGAAGUGCAUCGACAAGAUCGACUCUGCCAGCUCCGUGGCCCUGCCCUACUGCCCCACCACCAAGUACCCCUCUUGGUCAGGCCUGGGGUCCUCAGGUGUCGUCAUCGGCUGA